CACAAACAGCACUGAUCAGCAGCUCAUCCAUACCUCUCUCCAUGACCGCAGGUGGUGACGCCGUCUGUGCAUCGAGCUCCAUCACAUUCCUCCUGUCUGUGGCGGAUAGGAUGAGAGGAUGGCGCGGAGGAAAGAUGCUGAUGCUGAUGCUGAUGCUGCUGCGGGCGGACAGAAGCUGAUACACGAGGAGGAGGAUGCAGAACUCUCCCUGGAAGAGAUUUUACAUCUGUACAAGCAGCCCAUCAAUGAAGAGCAGGCGUGGGCUGUGUGUUACCAGUGCUGUCGCUAUUUAUUGGAGGAAAAUCGCGGUUCCGAUGGCUUUGCUGGUUCCGAUGGCCCGGGAGAUGUGAGGAUUUAUAAAGACGGAGCUGUGCGGUUACAUUCCGGAGGUACUCCUAAUCCCCUUCGAUCGUCAACACAGGUGAUCGAGUCUCUGGGCAUUAUGAUCUAUAAGGCUCUGGAUUACGGCCUGAAAGAGAACGAGGAGCGCGAGCUGAGUCCUCCACUGGAGCAGCUCAUUGACCUCAUGACGAAUGUUGCCGACACAGAGAGCGACUCCUGCCCUGAUGAAGGCUACGCUGCCACUGAGGAAGAAGAGGAUGAUGCAGAGGAGAAUCUCGACCAUCCCUGCCGUAUCCGCAGUUACCAUGACAUCAUCAAGCUGUGCACCCUUCACCUGCCGACCCCUGCAGAUGCGCCCGCUCACUAUCAGGCCGUGUGCAGAGCUCUCUACACCGAGACCAAAGAGCUCCACACCUUCCUGGAGAAGAUCAAGAGUGCCAAAGAGAAACUGCGUAAGAUGGAGGGUGACACAGUCGACCAUCCGGGCAGGGAGCUAAACGAGUUGCAGAAUGCUGAUUGGGCGUGCUUCUGGGUGCAGGUCAUGCGAGAUUUGAGGAACGGCGUGAAGCUGAAGAAGGUUCAGGAGCGGCAGUUUAACCCGCUGCCUAUCGAGUUCCAGCUGACGCCUUACGAGAUGCUUAUGGAUGACAUUCGCGCUAAACGCUACAAACUACGCAAGGUCAUGGUGAAUGGAGAUAUUCCUCCCAAGUUAAAGAAGAGUGCUCAUGAGAUCAUACUGGAGUUCAUCAGGUCCAGACCCCCCCUCAACCCCGUAGCGGCACGCAAGCUCAAGCCGCAGGCUGAACGUCCUCCCAGCCUUCAUGAACGCAUUCUAGAGGAAAUCAAGUCAGAGAGGAAGCUGAGACCCGUAUCGCCCGAUCAGAUCCGGAGGAGUAGAUUCGUAAUGCGACCUCUUAGCAUGUCUCAGAGUUUUGAUUCAUCAGAUGUGUCAUCUUCUGACAGUGCGAGGAAAGCCUCCAGCAUGCUGUCAUUGGCCAACGGCGUGUCGCUUCAGCAGAACAGCUCGGGCGGUUUUCAGAGGAAGCGGCUUCAAGCACCGACGCUGUCUGAGCUCACCAGCUCAGAUUCAGAUGAUGAGACCAUAGGUCAAAGGACAGCCAGCUGUUCCAGCAUGUCUACAUCGAUGGUUGACGACACAUCACCAGAAUCUGUCUUGGGAAAAAAGACUCCGCCCAUGUUCCUGCCCAUCUCAUCCACCCCGCAGCCAGAGCGACGGCAGCCCGCCCAGAGGCGGCACUCCAUAGAGAAGGAAACGCCCACCAGUGUACGCCAGUUCCUGCCGCCUUCCAAAAAAAGCUCCAAAUCUUUAGAGGAAUUUUUUUACCCGGUCGAGUGUCUGACUCUGACGGUUGAGGAAAUCAUGCACAUUCGGCAGGUUUUGGUCAAGGCAGAACUGGAGAAGUUUCAGCAGUAUAAAGACAUCUACAAUGCUUUGAAGAAGGGGAAGUUGUGCUUCUGCUGUCGAACGAAAAGAUUUUCCUUCUUUACGUGGUCGUACACCUGUCAGUUUUGUAAAAGGCCCGUGUGUUCACAAUGCUGUAAAAAAAUGCGUCUGCCAUCGAAGCCCUACGCCAGUCUACCGAUUUACUCACUGGGCCCGUCCACUUCCACUCUAAAACGGGAUAAAGCGUCCCACAAACCAGAGAAACCCAGCACGAGCCAUCGUCGCCCCAGCCUGCAGAGAACUAUGUCCAGAUUAUCGAAGCAUACGCGACAGUCGUCCUCAUCACAGGAGGAGAUGGAGUUUCCGAAAGAGCUGACAGAAGACUGGAACGCCAUGGAGGUUUGUGUCGACUGCAAGAAGUUCAUCUCUGACAUCAUCGCGUCCAGCAAGCACAGCCUCUCUCUGGCCAACAAGCGUGCUCACUUUAAACGUAAGACUCAGUCCUUCAUCGUGUCCUCUGAGAAGGGUGCAGAAUACCGGCCGUCGGAGAGAACGAUCCAUGAAGUUUAGACAAGCCACGCUCAUGUAUAGAUUUGGACAGGUUAAUCGAGAGAUCGGUCUGUUGUACAGAGCCAAUUAUCAGCGUGUAGCAGUUCUUUCGUGCACUCAAAGACGUGGUUAGUUUUCUAUUUUGUGCUCUAACUAUUGUACAAUGUGACUUUCUCUGUAUCUGCUGUCUUCAUACAGGAAGGACGUGUAGUUUGUUAAAGUCAACAUGAAAUUACAUUUGCGACCCAUUUUACUUGCAGGGUUCCCAGCUUGUGCUACAUGUACAAAAACAUAUUAAUGUUCGGGACUUGGGAUGGGUGUCAAAUACACAAAUUUGUAUCGUUUUGUCACUGCUGGCGGCUGUGCAUUGUGAAACAUCAACGGUUGACUGUCAUGAACGAAGCCGUGUCACGUACAUUCAGUGAUGAUGGUGGAACGCUGAUUUUUUUUAUGAAUUCACAUUUCCCAGGACAUUUUAUGUGCCCAAUGAGUGUAAUAUUUAAGCAAAAUCACAUGAGAGGUCAUGAUGCAUAUCUGAAUUAUGUAUUUGACAGUUUAAUUACAUUUUAUUAUCAAAAUGGUGUUUAAUCAGAUUAAAAUGGAAAAAUUACUUAAUUAUUUACAUUUUUCAACAUAACAUUGCAUUAUUUUUUUUCAAAUGAAGUGCUUUUAAACAACAUAUAUUUUUGUCAAAUUAAGUGCUGCACAACAGAACAUCACAGAUGUGAAAUAUUGUUUUAUUAUUAUUAGUUUUUACAUUUAGAGUCCCACAGCCACUGGGGGUUGCAUCAGGAAGGGCAUCCGGCGUAAAACCUGUGCCAAGUCAAAUAUGCGGAUCACGGAUGGCGACCCCUUAAGGGAGCAGCAGAAAGAAGAAGAUUAUUAUUUAAUUACAGUAAACAUUACAUUACUAUACUAUACAUGUUUCACCAUUUCACGCAUCCAUUUAUAUCAAGCUUUUAUUUUUUGAAUAAGCAGUUCGCUACAUGGCCCCUUGUCAUUAUAAAACCCUCCAAAAAUGUGAUUUAAUUAAAUAAAUAUAUAGUCUGUAUGUGCUGCACGCUUCAUAGUGCUCUGCUUUCUGUCUUCUAUUAAAAACACACACAAGAGCGUGUGUGAUGAUCAUGAGGUGUUUUUUGUGUAUGAGCGACCAGCUUCACACAUUCAUUUUGAAGCGUGCAGCACAUGCAGAUUAUAUUUUUAUUAGGGCUGUUGAUUUUACAUGUUAAUUCGGUGCAAAUAAUUAUAUAAAAAAUAAUGCAUUAAAAAAAUUUACGCAAUCAUGUCCCCGGACCGUAAUAAGGAAUAUUCCUUCCAUAUAAGCAAUUCAAGCUUCUCCAGGGGGCAGUAAGCGAAACUCAGCUAAUACAGAAAACAAACCACACUUACCGAAAGCAGACGACACAAGAUAAGAACACAUUCUUGCGUACUAACACAGCUUGAUGGAGCGCAAAUCCGAACACAGGGAUCUCAAGACAUGUUUUUCUAUGUUUCAAACUUAAUUUAACUUGACACAGCGGCCCAAAAACGGCAUGUUUAUGACGCGACACAACCAAGACGCUCCAAUAGCAUCCGUCAGACACAGAUGUACAUUGACGGGUCCUUAAGCAUGCACUUAUUAAUAAAUCUCGGACUGAUUGACAAAUCCAAUUGCAAAAUGGAUUGCUGUGAACUGUAGGCCAAUGAUUGGCUUAUGUUCAAUAAUAUGGAAUUAGAGUGACUCCAGUCAGGCUUCCUAAGCAACCAGUUGGCCCAGUUGCUAGGGUGGGUAGAGUCACAUGGGUUAACCUCCACGUGAUUGCUAUAAUGUGGUUCUCGCUCUCGGUCGGGAGCGUGGUGAGUUGUGCGUGGAUGCUGCAGAGAAUAGCAUGAAGCCUCCACAUGCACUAGGUCUCUUACUGCGCUCUAAGUCCUCAUGGUGGCAUAGUGACUCUCCUCAGUCCGGGUGGUGGAGGAGGAAUCUCAGUUGCCUCCGCAUCUGAGACCGUCAAUCCGCGCAUCUUAUCACGUGGCUUGUUGAGAGCGUUACCGCGGAGACCUAGUGCAUGUGGAGGCUUCACGCUUGGGAAUUGGACAUGCUAAAUUGGGGAGAAAAUAUUAAAUAAUAAUAAUAAUAAUAAUGAUAAUAAUAUGGAACAUAAUAUGCAAUAUUAAACAAUAUAUUGCAUUCUAAACACACUUUUUGUAUUAUCUUUUUUAAAGCGUCACUUGUGUGCCUAAAUAAUGUUAUGCAUUUUAAUUUGCUGUUUUAUUAUUUUUUUAAAUAUAUUUUUUAUUUAUAAUUAUUUAAAUAUAAAUAUUUAUAAUUUAAUCAUUAUAUAUUGAAUUAUUGUUAUUUGAAGGGCUUUCUCAACAAAUAUUUAUGUAUGUGAUUAAUUGCGAUUAAUUCGAUUAAUUAAUCGGCAUUCCAUGUAAUUAAUUUGAUUUAAAAAAAAUUAUUGAUUAACAAUAAAACCCUAAUAUUUAUUCAAUUAAAUCGCAGCAUUUUGCGGUUUAAUAAUCAUACUAGGUUAUACAGUUGUGCUCAAAAGUUUGCAUACCCUGGCAGAAAUUGUGAAAUUUUGGCAUUGAUUUUGAAAAUAUGACUGAUCAUGCAAAAAAACUGUCUUUUAUUUAAGGAUAGUGAUCAUAUGAAGCCAUUUAUUAUCACAUAGUUGUUUGGCUCCUUUUUAAAUCAUAAUGAAAACAGAAAUCACCCAAAUGGCCCUGAUCAAAAGUUUACACACCCUUGAAUGUUUGGCCUUGUUACAGACACACAAGGUGACACACACAGGUUUAAAUGGCAAUUAAAGGUUAAUUUCCCACACCUGUAGCUUUUUAAAUUGCAAUUAGUGUCUGUGUAUAAAUAGUCAAUGAGUUCGUUAGCUCUCACGUGGAUGCACUGAGCAGGCUAGAUACUGAGCCAUGGGGAGCAGAAAAGAACUGUCAAAAGACCUGCGUAACAAGGUAAUGGAACUUUAUAAAGAUGGAAAAGGAUAUAAAAAGAUAUCCAAAGCCUUGAAAAUGCCAGUUGGUACUGUUCAAUCACUUAUUAAGAAGUGGAAAAUUCGGGGAUCUCUUGAUACCAAGCCAAGGUCAAGCAGACCAAGAAAGAUUUCAGCCACAACUGCCAGAAGAAUUGUUCGGGAUACAAAGAAAAACCCACAGGUAACCUCAGGAGAAAUACAGGCUGCUCUGGAAAAAGACAGUGUGGUUGUUUCAAGGAGCACAACACUUGUUGACCCCUCUCCAAACAUAGCACUUAUGGUUGUGAACAUAAAGCUCUAUUUUGGUCUCGUCACUCCAAAUUACAGUGUGCCAGAAGCUGUGAGGCGUGUCAAGGUGUUGUCGGGCAUAUUGUAAGCGGGCUUUUUUGUGGCAUUGGUGCAGUAAAGGCUUCUUUCUGGCAACUCAACCAUGCAGUUCAUUUUUGUUCAAGUAUCGUCGUAUUGUGCUCCUUGAAACAACCACACCGUCUUUUUCCAGAGCAGCCUGUAUUUCUCCUGAGGUUACCUGUGGGUUUUUCUUUGUAUCCUGAAUAAAAUAAUUGCGUUAUCAGCUGAAAAUCAACAUUAUUAUGUUUUGAUAAAAUAACUUAUUUUUUAAACUUGAAACAUCAUUCAAAAUAAGACCAGGAACAUGUGUUAAGAAAGUAAAUAAUGUCAAUUUCAUGUUGACUUUAAAUGUAAAUGUUUGUGUGAUGAUGCCGCUGAAAUUCAUUCUGUGUGUCUGAUUUUGGUUGUUCAUACGAACAAACAGUCCUUGUAUUUAAACCGAUAAGCACAAAUACGCCACUGAACUCACGCUGAGUGAAAAUUAAUGAGCAGGAAGAUGAUAAAGGACGUUUAGGCCUCCUACAAGCAGAAUAAAAUGUUGUUUGUUAUUGACUUUAAUAGGUUGGCAGUGUGUAUAUUUGUACAGUGUAUGUUGCCCAUAUCUAGGUGAGAUUUGACUGUAAAUAACGCGUCUGCCCCACAAGUCAUAUGUGCCCAAUUUUAUUUAUUUAUUGACAGGUAUGUUAAGGUUAGCCAGAGUUUAUAAGCAUAAAGAUUUGCAUUUAUUUGUAUUUAUAUUUUUGGUGUAAAAUGCUUUUUAAGUUAGGUAAUAUGUACAGCUUUUAAAUUAGUGUUUAAAAUAGUUUGUUUGAUGAUGAUGAUCGUGAUGAGCCGUGGUACCAAAAUCUCAUUCCAGAAUUGUGAAGCGUUCAGACAAUGAAAUAAUACGUUAUUGUGUGUGGUCAAAUGGCUUUGUGUUUUUCACUCAUCAUCCCUCUAAAUAUCUUUAAAUAUCGUCUAAAUGCGUCAAUUACAAUGUUACGUGCACCAAAUAUAGAUUUACAUUCAACGACAUCAUGCUGUAUGUAAAAGAGCUGUUUUUCUAUUUUUUAAAUCUAUUUUGAUUGUAUAAUUGUGUUACUAUGUUUAUAGCUGAUAUCCAGCAACUUUCUUUUUUAUAGUUUGUUUCAUUCAUUAUACUGUUGUGGUAAAAUAAAAAUAUAAAAGUGCACUCAAAAAAUAUAUUUUAGCCUAUUUUUAAA